AUGGCCAGAACCAAGCAAACUGCAUAUAGAGGAGUUGGGCAAAAGGCUCCAAGAAAGAGUAUUGCCAAUAAGAUUGCCAAGAAAUCUGCCAAGCAACCACAUAGUGGCGGUCUUAAAAAGGUUCACAGAUACAAACCAGGUACAGUUGCCUUGAGAGAAAUCAGAAAGUAUCAAAAAUCUACCGAGUUGCUCAUCAGAAAAUUACCAUUCCAAAGAUUAGUCAGAGAAAUUGCACAAGACUACAAAUCAGAUUUGAGGUUCCAAUCCAAUGCAGUCCUAGCCCUUCAAGAAGCUUCUGAAGCUUAUCUUGUCUCUCUCUUUGAGGAUACUAAUUUGUGUGCAAUUCACGCCAAGAGAGUUACCAUCAUGCAUAAGGAUAUGCAACUCGCUGCAAGAAUUAGAGGUGAAAAGCUAAAUAAAUAA